AUGACACCUCUCAAGGUCACGGUUGUCGGUCAGUCGUGCAUGAGCCACUAUCCAGAACGAUGCAUUCUUCGUGUUAUUGUGUUCUCCGACGGUCCAGAGCAGGAGUCAGUGUCUAGAGAUGUGACUGUGACUUCAAACCAGCUUCACCAGCUCUUCAAAGAGCUAUCGCCGCAAACGGCCGAAGGUCUAGCGACACCAGAAGCACCAGUCACUAAAUUCUCAACUACUUAUCUCCGUAGCUGGUCCGAUGUGCCCCUUGAUGAAAAGGGGAGGCCUCUCCCUCAACCUCGAGUUCAUUAUGGGACUUCAACUUUUCUGGUUGUUUUUCGUGAUUUUGCCAAAUUGAGUGAGGUUGUGGGCAAGCUCGUCACAUAUCCUAAAGUCGAGAUCGAUUCUAUUACUUGGCGCUUGACCGAAGAGACUGAGAAAAAACUUGCUUCUGAAUGUCGCAAACAGGCAUUGCGUGAUGCACUUAAGAAGGCAGAUGACUUCGCUGAAGUUGUGGGAAGGAAGGUGGUGCCUGUGGAGAUUGAGGAUGAUGGACAAGGGCAAGAUGGAAAAAGAUUUCACACCGACAAAAUCGCAUCUUCUGCACCAGUAGAUACAUCCUCUGCUUUAGGUGAUGCAGCCAUGGAUCUUACACCGCAGGAUAUUGAAUUCCUGAGCCAAGUGGUGGUCAAGUUCGAAGCGGAAACAGAGAAAGAGAAUUGA